AUGGACACACUGCUUGUAGUCCAUGGUGAGCCGCUGGUGCAAGCGCAACCAGAGUUAGACCGACAGGUUCUAGAGGAGGUUGUCGUCAAUACAAUGAAAUAUCUGCAUAAAGUACAAGCCUUAGGUCAUAUGAAUGGGGACUUAUUGAUUGACAUCAGUAUUAGCCCAGCUGUUUUUCAUCUUGUUGCAAUUUGUGAAUGCUUCAAAGAAAUUACCAUAUUAGAAUUCAAUGACUUCUGCAUCUCUGAAUUGAAGAAAUGGGUAAACAGUCAUGAGGAAGCCUACGACUGGUCUCAUGUAUCAAUGUUUCUAACAGACCUGGAAGGAAAAAGUGGUUGGUGGCAAGAAAAAGAAAAUGUGUUGAAAAGAAAAAUUAAUCAUAUUGCGAAGUGUGAUCUGUCCAAAGAUAACCCUACCGACCCACUCGUGUUACCUAAAGCAGAUUGCAUAACAAGUGGAUAUUUACUGGACGUCGUCAGCAAAGAUAAAAAUGAGUAUAUGAGCAAUCUGAGAAAAAUCUCCUCUUUACUAAAACCAGGCGGCCGUCUGAUAUUGCUUGCAGCUAUUAAUAUGUCAUAUUAUAAGAUCGGGGAGCACAAAUAUGCAAGUUUAAGUUAUGAUGAAGAAUUUCUCAGAACAGCUUUAAAGCGUGAAGAUUUUACUAUUGAAUAUUAUGAAGUACAAGUCAAAAAAUCGUUAACCGAUUUUAAUGAUCAUGAAAAAGCUGUGUUUAUCAGCGCACUUAAACAGAAGUAGGGUUAAAGACCAUAAAAUACAACACCGUAUACAUACAGUAAUGUAGAUUUUGUCUCU